CAGUGGUGUUUGAACCGAGCGGGCGCGCGCGCGAUUCGUUAGCGUUCAGGAGGUGUUUAUAAGAUUAAUACAGUUUAAUUCGGUGCGUGCGCGUGCGUGUGAGAGAUUAGGAUUAUUAUCCCGUGUGAUGGAGAAGUUACACUCACCGUCUGACUUUAUCAACACACAGCUGUCAGGCGUGACUCGUGCCUCCUCUCCACUGCUCACUCCGUCUCACUUUACUGUGACCCCGACCACGACCUCCGUCACCCCCGUCUGCCCCGUCACCUCCCUCCCACAAGGUGGGUCAGAUCCAUGGACCCUCAUCUCACACACUCACCCGGAGAACCGCAGACCGCUCCACUCACACCACACACACCCCUCACACACACUGCUCAGAGAGGAGGGGGAGGAGCUCAGAAGGAAGGUGGAGAGUCUGAAGGAGGAGCUCAGAGAGAGGGACAGCAUCAUCAGCAGACAGCGCAUUGAGCGAGAGGACUUGUGUGCUGAACUUAAGCAGAGCACGCAGAAGCUUGCAGAGCUCCAGACAGAGAGUGUGUUGCAGCGUGAACAGUGGGAGAGACAGCAACAUAAAUCUAAAGAAGAAUUUCACAGAUUACAGAAAGACACACAGGAAAGGAUGCAGCAGAUGUGUGAGCGUCACACUGCAGAGGUUUCAGCUUUGACUCUCAGCAGCUCAGAGCUGCAGAACACACUCCACACUCUCACACAGGAAGUGACAUCACUCAGGCACCAGCUGCAGGAAGUGACAUCAGAGAGAGAUGUGCUGAAGGAGCAGCUGAGUGCUGUGAACAGUGAGAAAGUGGAGCAGGCAGAGACUUUGUUCAAGCUACGCAACUACAUUGGCACACACACAGGAGGAGAGGAGCAGCACACACUCAUAGAGAAGCUGCAGAAGGAGAAGGAGGCGUUGUGUGUAUCUGUUGAUCUGCUGAAUAUCCGAGUCAAAUCAGCUAACGACAUCCUAAGCCUGCAGGAGAGAGAGCUGGACCAGCAGUGUGAUCCUCUCCAUAGAGACAGGUCAGUUCGGUUGUUGAGUUUGUGGAGAGAGAAGGUCUUCAUGCUGCUGGUGCAACUACGAUCCAAAGAGUCCCAACUACACACUGAGAACACACAACUACACCACACGGUCUCUGAUCUGCAGCAGGAGGUUCAGAAGCUGCAGUCUCAGAUUGAUUUACUACAGCACAACGUUCAGGACAAAACCGCACAACUACAGCUACAUGACAUACACACACAGGAGCUGCAGCAAAAGUUGUGUAGUGCUGUUGAAGAAAUUGAGAGACUAAAAAAGCGUGAGAAAAGCAGUGAGGCGUCUACUGCACACAUUACUGAUAUUGUACAGAGGAUGAGUGUGUGUGUUGGGGAGUGGGAGAGGCAGGUGGAAGCGGCUCAGUGUCAGAUGAGUGUUUUGACGCAGAGACUUGAGUUUGCCAACACACGUCUCCACACGGUGCACGGAUUACUGAUGAGGAGAGAAGCUCUAUGGAAAGUGCAACAGGCUACAAAACCUGCAGAACCUACAGCCUCAGACAGCUCCAUUGAGAGACUGCAGUCACAGGUGACACUUCUGAGGUCGGAGAGAGACACACUCACUCAGGAACUGAAACGAACACCAGAGCUGAUCGACCACGCCCUGAAAGAGCUCCAACUACAGUUGGACAGGAGCAGGGAGGAGUUGGUGGUGUGUGAGUUGCGGUGUGCGGAGGCUCACACACGCUGUGAAGAACAGGACAAGACCAUCGUCGAGUUGCGCACUGAGUCUCAUCACACACAGACUGUUCUACAGGAGAAACUGUCUGAGGUGGAGAGUGUGUGUGAGAAGCAGCUCAGAGAGAUGGAGAGUCAACUCAACACAGCGAGAAGAGAACACACUAAAGCAGUUGUAGCCUUGCGGCAGGUGGAGCGAGCGGCGGAGCGAGAGAGACAGCAGGAGAGAGAGGCGGAGAGAGCGCGCUCAGAGCAGACAAACACACACAUCACACAACUACACACACAGCUGAGGGAAAAGGACAGAGAGCACAACAUUCUACUGGCGGUGGUUCAGCAGCAGGGUUUGAUGAGUGAAUAUAAGAAGAUGAGAAAAGCAGCGAUACACACAUCUACAGCUCUGACACAUAAACAACAACAACAACAACAACAACAACAACAGACUGAAGAUACAGGACAGCAACAGGGCAGUGUGUUGAGUGUGUUAUGUGAGCUGCGCUCUCUCAGCUCAACACUCAUACACAGCACAGACGAGGAGGAUGAGGACGACGACCGAGGACAAGAAGAACACACACACUGAGCGCACACACACACACACACACACUGAGCACACACACACACACACACACACUGAGCA